AUGGCCACCCACCCACCCGUCUUGAAGAUUCAUGAUCGCGACGGAGUCGUGAACUGGAGAUUCCGACGCGACAAUGUUACGCAACCUCUGCCAGACGAUAUUCACAAAUGUCCCUAUGCGCACGCCAACGAUGCGACCGAGCUCAAAUAUAUGAAUAACGGAACUAGUGUUGAUGCCAUCUAUACUGUAGUGACCUUGCCCUCGUUAUCAACCAUCCCGGGCCCCCGACAAUCCAGCCACCGACAAGCUUACUACGUUUGCACUUUGCAAAAGAAACGACGUUCUAUGCCCCUACCGAGUAAUCUACUUGCUGUGGGUACCACUGGUCAGCGAGCCUGGGAUGGUAGUCUUGUCUAUAACGCCCGCGCCGCCAACGCCCUUUUUGCAAACCCUCUAAUUCUUCAAAAUAUGACCGGCCUACGUGCUAUACAUCGCUUGGUCUGGGAUGAACAAGGACAAAUGCUAUGGGCUACUGGCAUGGAUGCCGCAGCGGACGGCACCGAUCAAGCCCCUGCUUUUGGGACUAUUGUGGGAUACCUGGGAGUUUAG